CGACGAUCUUGUUCCGAUUGGCUGUCCGACGCGGGCCGGCGCUGGCCUCGCAGGUUCAGCUUAUGCAGGAACACCAGCGAACAUGCGAUGAGCACAGAAGCAGCCAUUCAGAGAUUGACUGACGUGAGACAACAGUGGAUGCCCGGCUUAGAGGAUUUGGUCUAGCAACACCACGUGUAUACCGCUGGCUCGGCCCCUUUCUCCCGGAGAAGUACUCCGUAAUAUGAGGGAAUAUCAGCCUCAGAGCGAGAAAUGAAAGCGGUAUAAGGACGCCAUCCCGCCGGCAUCAUGACCGGGGACACUCAAGCUCAGAUCCCACCAUCGAUUCCUCAGUCUUAGGACAGCGGUUCAGCCCCUGGACAUCCUGACCGCCUCCAAUUACCCCCUUCUACCCUCAAAAUGCACCUCUCCAGCCUCCUCCCAGCGCUCCUGACCCUCCUGACCCUUCCCCUCCCAACCACCGCAGCGCCAACCACCUCCUGCGGCCGCCGCAACACCGCUCGCUACUGCGAGGGCACAAAUUACACCGCCUCCCUCCUCCAGACCUACCUCUGCGGCGACUCCCGCCUGGGCCCAACCCGCCUCCCGCACCAUUCCGACGACCUGCCCGUCUCGCCCGUGCUGGCCGCCGCACUGUACGGGUACGACCGCUUUGGGGGUUUGUGCCCGGGGGAGUUUCUGGGGCAGUGGUUUGACGACGAGGCCGGGUGGUGGCGGUAUCCGCCCCAGAACGGCUUCCUGCUCACAACCCCCGACGAGGGGCCCGUAGCGGAGGGGCCGAGGCCCAUCCAGGGGAACGUCACCCUCGCCGAGGAGACGCUGAUUGAUCGGUUCGGGAGCGAGUGGGGGAGUUAUGUGACGCCGGCCGGCGCGACAUAUGCGGCGCGGGCGCUGCCGCCGAGUAAUCUGGUGGGCAAUGAGGUUGAGUACCCAUACAACUACCACGUUUACAGCGUCGUCAAGCCCUUGGUGGUGCUUGCUGGUCCCAUUGCACCGUGGUUUGGACAACCAGGCGCCGGGGUGCAGUACAUGCUGUACCAAAAUGUCAAGACUUUGAUUGAGGAGGGCUUCUUGAGGAGAGAGGAUCCGUCGGUGCUGCUUGCCUAAGCUAGGAGAAAUGAGAAAGGCUGAUAAAAGUGGCGAUUGGGAAAUUCGUGGCUGGGUUUUAAAUUUGAAUCGUGGGUCUCUAGGAGGCACAAAGUUCAACUAGCAGUGACUGAAAGACUAACAGGGCAAUCUUACUGUUUCUGUGCCUGUAAAUGUCUUAUCAUCUAGUUAAGUGAAAUACGAAUUCAAG